AUGGUGUCUCAUUUGAUUUUGAAGCAUAUGGUGGCCAUUGUAUCCACCACCGCCGCGCAUUACACCUCAGUGUUCAGCGCAGACGGGCAUUCGUGUCCUUCUGAUAUCCCGUUAUCGUGCACAAAUUCCUCGCAAAUUCCAGAUACUUGUUGUUUUGAAUAUCCCGGGGGAGUUUUGCUGCAAACACAGUUCUGGGACUACGAUUACCCCACCGGACCAGACGAUAUGUUCACAUUGCACGGUUUGUGGCCUGACAACUGUGACGGCACAUACAAUCAGUUCUGCGACAGCUCGCUGCAGAUCUCCAAUGCCGAGGAAGUGCUGACCUCGUUUGGCGAGGAACAGCUAUUGAAAAGGAUGCACGAGGUCUGGAAAGACUACCAGGGCGAUGACAACAAUCUAUGGGUCCACGAAUUCAAUAAACACGGCACCUGUUUGAGCACUAUCAAACCCUCUUGCUACCAGAACUUCGAGACCAACAGAGAAGUGGUUGAUUAUUUCCGAAAGUCAGUCGAGCUAUUUGAAGGUCUACCCACCUACAGAUGGCUUGAAGCUGCUGGAAUUACGCCUUCGGACUCCCAGACCUACUCAAAACAGCAGAUUGAUGAGGCCCUCAAGUCCAGGUUCGGCAAGGAGGUCUACUUCAAGUGUGACAGGAACCACGCCCUGAAUGAAAUCUGGUAUUUCCAUCACUUACGUGGCUCCAUUCCGCACGGCAACUACGUUCCAAUCGACGCCCUUAUCUCCUCAAACUGUCCGUCUUUCGGAAUCAAGUUCCCUUUGAAGAAGGCCUCGUCUACGUCGACCGGCACCGCCACAAAAACCCAGACCUCAGCCACAAGCACGGCCACACCUACUGGCAAUGGAGGCUACCUCAAGCUCGAGAACCAGGCUGGUUGUCUCAUUAGCAACGGCAAAUGGUUUGUCUCGGGUACAUGCGCCACUUAUAAGCUGUCCGAGGCAAGUUUUGGUGGCUAUCAGCUCACUUCGUCGAAGGGAGACUGCGGUAUUGAUACCGACGGUUAUUUUGCCUGUGGUAGCGGAGUCACUGCUGCCCAAUUCGACUACAACUCGUCCUCGGGCCACGUCACCUAUGGAGGCCAAUCAGGAUGGUCUGCCGAUAGAGUGCCUUCACGGAACGCGCAAGUCCCUAUUGUGCCUGGCUAUGGUCUAGAUGUCAACUUUAGCUUGAUCUUCGAGACGAAAUAA